CACCUUUUGAUCUUCAAAUUUUCAUUUUCAGGUACCAAUCACCCUUACUACCUAGCUCGAAGGGACAAAAAGAAUUAUCUCACUAAAAUAUUUUCGUAAUAGGAGCAUUUAGUAAGAAGUGAGUAACGGAUAGACAAAAAGAGCCAUCCAUGAUCCAACCUCACCAAAUCACUUUACACCCAUCGACAAAGCAGCAAGAUAAACUAAUAACAAAUCACUUCAAAUUCAUUACACAUUUUCACAAAAAAAAAAAAAAACCCUUCAAAUUAAAUGCCAUCUUUCAAAAAUUAAGACCAAAAAUCAAUGCUUUCAUCCAACAUAACCUUGAAAUUCACCUCAUUUUUACCCCCCAAACCCAACUUUUUCCCUCCAAAUUCCACCCAAUUUUGUCUACCCACCAAAAUUUACAACCCAAAGAUGUCAACUUUUGGUAAAUUUUCAGUCAAUGCUCAAUUAGGUAGUGAAAAUGAGCCAAAAACAUUAAUUGAGUAUGUAGGUAGUCAAGGAAUUAAUGUGGGUGAUGAUUUAGUGGUGUUAAUUGAUCAUUUACAGUAUGCUUGCAAGAGAAUUGCUGCUCUUGUUGCUUCUCCUUUUAAUUCCAGUCUUGGGAAGUUUGUAGAAGGUUCUGGAAAAAGUUCUGGGUCUGAUAGAGAUGCCCCAAAGCCCCUUGAUAUUGUCUCUAACGAGAUCAUUUUAUCCUCUCUUCAAAGAUCCGGAAAAGUAGCAGUGGUGGCUUCUGAAGAAAAUGAUGCCCCGAUUUGUUUAACUGAUGAUGGUCCAUUUGUAGUGGUUAUGGAUCCUCUUGAUGGUUCCCGUAAUAUUGAUGCAUCGAUUCCCACAGGAACUAUUUUUGGUGUUUACCAUCGUCUAGAGGAACUAGAUGAUCUUCCAUGUGACGAGAAGGCAUCAUUAAAUUCGCUUCAGAGUGGUACCAGGCUCGUAGCUGCUGGCUAUGUUCUCUAUUCAUCUGCCACAAUUUUCUGUACCACUUUUGGCUCUGGAGUUCAUGCAUUCACAUUGGACCGUUCAACCGGAGAUUUUAUCCUUACACAUCCUAGUAUCAAAAUCCCACCUCGAGGCCAAAUAUAUUCCAUUAAUGAUGCGCGAUACUUUGAUUGGCCGGAGGGUCUAAAGAAGUACAUCGACACUGUUAGACAAGGAAAAGGCCAAUACCCAAAGAAAUAUUCAGCACGUUAUAUAUGCUCAUUGGUUGCCGAUUUUCAUAGGACUUUACUUUACGGAGGAGUUGCAAUGAAUCCAAGGGAUCAUCUUCGACUUGUUUAUGAAGCAAACCCGCUUAGCUUUAUUGCAGAACAAGCUGGGGGAAAAGGUUCCGAUGGUAAAAGUAGGAUUCUUUCCAUUCAACCCGUGAAGUUGCAUCAAAGACUACCUCUAUUCUUGGGUAGUCCUGAAGAUAUCGACGAAAUUGAGAGUUAUAAAGAAGUUCAACAGAAAGUUAAUCCCGGCUAUGAAGUAUGAAGGGCCGUACAAGUCUGUAUCAAUGGUAUGGCCUAAUAUUUUGCUACUUUUUCCUUUUCCGCAACAUUUGUGCUGAAUAAAUUGUUUGCAUAAACUUAAAUGUUAUCUUUCCGGUUCACUAAAAAAGACAUUUUUUAGAGGUGUUUGACAAA